AUGGUGAAGGACAGCGCUUACUACGAUGUCCUGGGGGUCAGCGUCGACGCGUCCUCCGCCGAGAUCAAGAAGGCGUAUUACAUCAAGGCGAAGCUGGUGCAUCCAGACAAGAAUCCCGGGAACCCUGACGCGGCACUUAAGUUCCAGGAACUUGGAGAGGCCUAUCAAGUCCUAAGUGAUCCUGGGAAAAAGGAGGCUUAUGAUAAGUAUGGAAAGGAGGGUAUUUCCCAGGAUAACAUGGUGGAUCCUGCUGCUGUCUUUGGGAUGCUUUUUGGAAGUGACUAUUUUGAAGAUUAUGUUGGCCAGCUUGCUCUAGCAUCUAUAGCUUCAGUGGAGGUUGAGGAAAACUCAAACAGUCAAGAGGCAAGAGCAAAGGUUCAAGAAAAGAUAAAAGAGUUACAAAGAGAAAGAGAACGAAAGCUUACUCAGAGCCUGAAGGACCGACUUCAACCAUAUGUAGAUGGGAGAAAGGAUGAAUUUGUCAGCUAUGCAAGUGCUGAAGCUAGGCGUUUAUCCGAAGCAGCAUUUGGCGAGGCUAUGCUUCACACUAUUGGGUAUAUUUAUGUGCGACAAGCAGCAAGAGAACUUGGGAAAAGUAGAAUUUAUAUGGGUGUACCGUUUAUUGCUGAGUGGGUUAGAGACAAAGGACACCACAUUAAAUCACAGGUUAAUGCUGCUUCAGGUGCUAUCUCUCUAAUACAACUUCAAGAAGGGAUGAAAAAGAUGGAGGGAAGUGAGAACAGUGAAGAACAACUUAUGAAGAGUUUUGAGGAGAAAAAAGAUGCCAUGCUUAGCUCACUUUGGAAAAUUAAUGUGGUUGAUAUUGAGUCAACACUUUCACGCGUCUGCCAAGCGGUUCUGAGAGAUAACACGGUCUCCAAAGAUGUCUUGAAGUUGCGAGCCGAAGCGUUGAAAAAGCUCGGAACUAUAUUCCAAGGCGCAGAGUCUAUGUACCGUCGUGAAAACAGUCUGCGCGUUGAAACUAACACAAAUCAACAAGCUACUCCGUCACACUGA